AUGACAAUAAUGGAAAAUGUUAAAAAUCAUUCAUUUUCAAUUGAUGAUAUUUUAAAAUCAUCAUUAACAUCAAAAACAAAACUAAAUUUAAAAAAUCAAUUAUCUCCUACAAACACUCAUUUAACUAAUGAACAAAAAUCUUAUCGUACAAAAUCAUAUCCAUUGAAAAUAGAUGAAAAAUCGGCGACACUCGAAUAUUCCAUCGGUUCAUAUAAAAAAUUAUCAACAUCAUCUUCAUCAGAAAAAUUUUUACAGCAUCAUUCAUUAUCAACAGUUAAUGAAAAACUGUUUACAAAUUGGUUUAUUCCGAUAAAUCAGAGAACGUAUUUAUAUAAUGAACUAAAUUAUCCCAUGUUGUAUAAAUCGUUCACAGGUUCGUAUCGAAGAGCUGUUGUUAUUAUCAAAAAGUUUAGUGAUUGA